GGCCCUGGCCCAAAUUGUAUCCAUUCUUGUUUAACCCCCCCCCGACCAUAAACCCAAUCUCUUCUCUGGUUCUGGUUCUCCUCUGUUGCCGAUACCUGGAGUGAUGAACUUCUCGUCACACGUUUCGUACACGACGGGUCGUUUUUUCGCCACCACCUCUUCUCCUUCUUCUUCGUGGAGAACAAAACCGAACCUUUCCGCUGGAAUUAAGUCAAAUAAAGUUGACUUUGCGCUGACCAGAGGCCAUGUUCAGCUUCGAAGUAAUGGCAGCAGCCGCCGCCGCAAAACGACGUCGUGUUGUGCUCGGACGAACGCAAUGGAAGUGGAAAAAGAAGCGUUCUAUUUAGUCCGGAAAGGAGAUAUUGUUGGCGUGUAUAGGAAUUUCGGUGACUGUGAGGCCCAGAUUGGUUCUUCGAUAUGUGAUCCUCCUGUUAGUGUGUACAAAGGUUACUCCUUGCCUAAGGACACUGAAGAACAUCUUGUGUCUUUUGGACUUACCAAUGCAAUUUACACUAUCAGAGCUGAAGAUUUGAAGCAGGACCAUUUCGGCAAGCUUAUGCUUUGCCCUUUUCAUGAGCCAGCACCUUUAGAAUGUGAAGAAUCUGUAAACGGUUCCGAUGAAGUGCCUGGAUCAGAAAAUGUGGGCUUCUGUACUCUCGAGUUCGAUGGUGCAUCAAAAGGAAAUCCUGGACUAGCUGGUGCUGGAGCUGUGCUGCGGGCUGAUGAUGGAAGUUUGAUCUGUAAAGUUCACGAAGGUCUGGGUAUUAAGACCAAUAAUGUUGCUGAGUACCGAGCUCUGAUUUUAGGGUUAAAAUGUGCUCUCAAGAAAGGUUUUACCAAGAUUCGAGUCCAGGGUGAUUCCAAACUUGUUUGUAUGCAGGUUCAAGGUUUAUGGAAGGUCAAAAACCAGAAUCUGUCUGAUUUGUGUGAAGAGGUGAAGGAACUGAAAGAACAAUUUGUCUCCUUUGAGAUCAGUCAUGUUCUGAGGGACAAAAAUUCAGAGGCAGAUGCUCAAGCAAACUUGGCAGUUCGUCUUAGUGAAACCCCUGGAAAACCAGCCCAAAAUGACCUGAGCAAAAAUCCGGCGAAACCCAAAAUGAUGGUGGCAAGGUUAAUGAGAUUGCUCCCCAAAAGAGCUUCAAUUCGUUCUUCGUCUUCAUCAGUAAAGCGUCUAUUUUCUUCAAGGCCGUCUUCCUCCGACGUCGUUUCGAGCACGGCUGCUGACCUUGCCGGCGUCGGCGAUGAAGAUGGGCCCGUCUACUCUAACUCAGCUGCUGCUGGUUCUUCUGCAUCGGAGGCCGUUUUGCUACCCACUCUGCUUCAGCCACGUGUGGUGGUCUUCGAUGGGGUCUGCCAUCUCUGCCAUGGAGGGGUGAAGUGGGUGAUUAAGGCAGACAAGCACAGGAAGAUCAAAUUCUGCUGCCUACAGUCUGAGACAGCUGAGCCUUAUCUGAGAUUGUGUGGGCUUGAUCGAGAGGAUGUUCUUCGUCGAUUUUUGUUUGUUGAAGGCCCUGGGCUGUAUCACCAAGGCUCCACUGCUGCGCUGAAAGUAUUGUCAUACUUGCCUCUCCCUUACUCUGCUUUAAGCACACUCAUGAUAGUCCCAACUCCUUUGAGAGAAAUUGUCUAUGAUUACGUUGCCAAACGACGCUAUGACUGGUUUGGCAAGUCUGAAGAUUGCUUGGUUUUGAAAGAGAAAGAGUUGCUCGAGCGUUUCAUUGAUAGGGAAGAGUUGAUGGCUCGAGGUCGAUCAGAUUUCUAAAUUAGCUGCAAUCAAGCACGUUUGCUUAUGAAUUGAUGUAAGGAAAUGAAAGUACAACAUCACCAACGUACGGUUUGAUUUACGGGCUCAAUCCAGUCACCUAGAUCAACGAGCUUGAUAUAACAAGCACAAUGUGAUCCAAUAGUUUAACCAUAUAUUGCAGCUUUGGACUGCAUAUUCUUGGUCUGUACAGAUUGCUGAUAUUUAAGGGGUCAUCAAAAUUCUAAUGCAGUAGCUCCUUAAUUUGUUUUU